GCCUGCGAACCUGGCCUCCUAGCUGACCGAGAGGAGCGGGCGGUGGGGCCUAAUCCCACUUCCCCGAACGCUUCGCGCCCACUGUGUCACAGACGCUAGGCCUGGGCCAGCCCAGCCGUUCGGUUGUCGUCUGUUCGCUCGAAGUGUGUGGCUUUGUUUAUUUUAUGUCCUGCUCUCCGUUUCCAGCAGCUGACGCGCGGAGUCCUGUGCGCCCUCCCUCCGCCCAGGUGCCUGGAAAAUGGAUAAGACUUUGAAAAGAAUUCAUCCAGUUUCUGAUCCAGGAGCAACAUAUUUUCUACAAGUAUCAUGGGAAAAAGAUAUAGGCACUGGCUUUGACAUAGUACUUAGUGAUGGUCAAAGUGCAUGGACUGGGACAGUAUCUGAAGCUGAAAUAAGCAGGGAGGCUGCUGACAUGGAAAUGAAUAGAGAAAAGUAUGUUGAAGAACUGAAGAAAGCAUUGAUAGCUGGAGAAGAAUCAGCUGGCAAAUAUAACUUUGCUAUUUCAAGAGAUGACGAAAGUAUGAAAUGUCUCUUCUCCUAUGAAAGAAAUCUGAAAGAUGGCUCUUUUAGGCUUGGAUCUCUGAAGCUACAGAAAGUUUCAAGUGCAGCAGAAGUGAUUAAGGAACUGCUUAGCUACUGUCUGGACCGCCUGGGGAGAUUACAGGCAAAAAAUGAGCAUCUGCAAAAAGAAAAUGAAAGGCUUUUGAAUGAGUGGAGCGAUGUGGAGAAGCGGCUGGAAAAAUGUGUUGAAGCUAAAGAGGAACUAGAGGCAGAUCUUUAUGGCCGCUUUGUUUUGGUGCUGAAUGAAAAGAAAGCAAAGAUAAGAAACUUACAGAAGUUACUGAGUGAAGCUAAAGAAUCUGCAGCAGAAGCCAAAUGUACAAGGGAUAAUAAAGGUACCACUCAGAUGGCUACAGGGAGAGAAAAUGACUAUGAUGGCAGUACUGAUGAGGAAAGUGAGAAUUUAACGCGGGCCUCAUUACCAUCAGGACCAGAACAAAGGGAUUCCAUUUUGGGUAGCCCAGAUGUCAUUGAAACCGCCCCAAGAAGAAAGCGAAGACAAAGGACAGCAAAGCCUGCUGGAACAGGAGCUAAGGUGGCUGCUUAUGAGGCAGAACUGCCAGACAAGGAAAAACCUGAUGUGACCUCAGAGAAGGCAUCGGGCAAGCAUUCCCUGGAUAUGAUGUCUCUUGAAACACUGGAAAACACUCCUGAGCCAGAAGAUCUGUUUGAUGACAUCUAGCUGUGUGUUGGCUGAGAAACUGAGAGGCUGGUGCCUCUAAUAAAGAUGAGCUGUAGAACUAAAAGUCUUUGUUGUAGACGCUGAGCUGAAGUCUUAACUAUAAAGUGGUAUUCAAUGACAUAUUGCUGUAAUCCUCUUGCACUGCACUUGUCCUCAUUCUUCACUACGCAGUUGUAGACCCUUGGCCUGCUAGGCUUGAUUUGUGGCCGCCUUGAAAUCAGUUUAGCCUCCGUGUAGAUCUUUUAUCAUGUAUAUGAGGGGAAGGAAAGGAUGAUCAUAGCGUUUUUACAUCCUUAACAGUCUCUGGCUGCUGAUUGUAUCCAGGAUCAACUAGUGUUCAGAUAUCCUGAGAGAAGAACAGGUGUGAAGAAGAUUAAGGCCACCACUGUGCUCACCCUAUAUACUGCCCUUUUCUUGACAAGCUUGGCUUAGAUGUGGUCUAACUAAAUAAUCUUCAUUUUGCUGAUGUACAGCUUCCUAAACUGUCCAUUUAGAAUGAUAUUUUCUGAUGUGAAGCAUCUGAAGAAUGAUCAUUUCACUUUUAUUGGAAUAUUCUCUGCAUCAUAAUGCAUUAUAAGGUGUUCUAGCUUUUGGGAGUAAAGUGCUUAUCAAGUCAAUAUUGACUGUAUUUUAACCUUUGGUAGAAACCAUCAGCCUUGAAUAUUGCAAAUUUUGAUACUUCAUAAUUUUCUCAAGGUGAUUUCUAAAAUAAACAAAGUGCAUUCUAAAAAUAUAUCAGUUUGGGUUUUAUUUGCUUAGACAUGAGUAAAGGGACUAGCUAGCAAAACGGAUGACCUUUUCUUGGCCAAACCUGAUGCAGUUAGAUUUAAAGGCUGCUUUAUCAAAGAAAUAACUUAGCAAGAUCCAUUUACCUUCAUCAGUCAAAACAAUACAGAACUAUGCACGCAUGUCAGGUUUCUUCUUUGCAGUAUUAAGAGCCUGAGUAAAUUCUAAUUUAAGCCAGAGAGUGCUGUUUUUUCUGUCUCAGAAAGAGAUGAUGCAACAACAAUUUUACACAUGUCACUAAUACCACUGAAGUAAGCAGGGCUGUGCAGCAUAGUCCUGCUUCUUUGCUCUGUGACUUGCAAUAGUCCUUGGAAACUACUUGGUGUUUUUGAAAUGGCAGCUUGUUUAGGACCUGGUUCUGCCAGAAUUCAAUGUUAUAUUUAACUAAAAGCAUCCAUGUUAGUAUUAGCAAGUUCAGGGCCUCUUUUAAGAAUCUACAUGAGUAUCUAGGAACAUCAUAUGUUUGAGCAUUCCGUUCUGGAAAACAUGGUCACUGCAUUUUAAAGUCACAAAAGGCUUUGGGACAAUGUUAUCAAUCACGCAGUAAAAACAUGAAUGGCCACAAUAUUUUGCUUGCUACAAAGGCUUUGUGCCUGAGAAAUGACAGGACCACAAAAGACCUAUUCAUACACCCAUUCACAGACACUGCCUGAUUUAAAAUCUUCCAGCGCUGAUCUGACAAUGCUUUCAGCAAAAGCUUGUAUAUAGUUUCAGUUUUAACGUGAAAAUGUUCCAUGACUUAACCCAGAAUAGAAGAGCUUGGUUUACUUGUGCCUGCAGCAGAAAAUGAGAAUAAAUGGAGCUGAACAUCCCAUGAAACUCUGCUUUCAAUAAACUGUUGGUUUCUAACAGUAAAAUGUUGUUAUGUAAAUACGAAAUGUUACACGCAGUUGGCAGGUGUAAUAAAAGUCUGACAGAAUGUU